UAACGUAGCAACCAUAGACUGGUAGCAACCGUUGCAGCCGGCGGCGGAAUGGCUGUACUUAAACGUGCUACAGCAUGUUUUACUUUUAGAUUAAUGCUUUGCAUUACCCUGGCGUGUAUGCCGUUUAAUUCUACAGCCGAGAAAACCAAGAGAAAUGACAGACCCGUCAUUGGUGUUCUGGCUCAAGAAGCUUAUGACCCAAAACCAAAUCAAACCGCUUUCAUUCCUGCCUCUUAUGUGAAGUUCCUUGAGUCAGGAGGAGCAAGGGUUGUACCUGUCAUGAUUAACCAAACACUGGAGGAGUACAAGACACUGUUCAGCUCCAUUAAUGGGGUCCUGUACCCAGGCGGACGCUCCAGCAUUAUCGCUUCUGCUUACCAGAGAUCUGCAAAAAUCUUUUAUGAACUUGCUCUUGAGGCAAACAAGAGAGGCGACUAUUUUCCUGUGUGGGGAACCUGUCUAGGAUUUGAGCAGCUGAUGCAUUUGACAAGUGGAAAGACAGUGCUGUCAUUUACCAAUACAAGUGGUGUGACACUUCCUCUGGACUUCACUAAUGAGGCCAAAGACAGCAGAAUGUUUAAAGGCUUCCCAGCUGAACUGAUGCAAGAUCUGGCUUCUGAGCCUCUGACAGAAAACUCUCACAGGUGGAGUUUGGCCGUGGUGACGCAUAACACAAAUGAGGAACUGAAGAAGUUUUACAAAGUUCUCUCCACAAACACGGAUGGAAAAACUGAGUUUGUGUCAACGGUGGAAGCAUAUGAUUACCCAAUUUAUGGGACACAGUGGCAUCCAGAGAAAAAUGCAUUUGAAUGGACAAGGCCUUACAUUCCACACUCACCAUCAGCUGUUAAAACCACCUUUUAUAUGGCUGACUUCUUUGUCAAUGAAGCCAGGAAGAACUUUCACAGAUUCAAAUCUGAGAAGGAGGAGAGCAAAGCUCUGAUAUACAACUAUAAUCCUGUUAAAACUGGGCUCGAGACUGCCUUUGAGCAAAUCUAUUUUUUCUGAUGUUUAUUUUUGGAUUGUUCUCCUUGUCAACAGCUGAUUGGCUGUCUUGGUCACAUGACUUGUGAAUGUUUACAGAUAAUUGAAUGAAUGAAUGCUUUAUUUCGGUUACAAAAAAAACCCAAAGACAACAAAAUAAAGUCAUGUUUUUACAAAAGAAUCCAUCAGACAGCAACCGAAAAAGGAAUAGGCUGAAGCCCCAAGGCUUAUUUUUGCCUCUCCUGUACUAUCUACAUAAUUGGAUUUUACAUUGGAUUUUACAUUUUACAGUAAAGUAUAAAUAGGAUAUAUUUAUACCUGCAUCAUAUAUCUUGAUGCAGAGCAGCACUUUGUGGCUGCUGUAGCUGGGUUUAAAUGCUGUAACAGAAUGUACACUACAGUUGAAUCACUCCAGAUUGCUUAGUAGGACUAGGUUUUACAAUCCCCGAAGAUUUAGCACAGCACUUGUCUUAUGUGGAGUUGGAGAUGUCAUUUUGGGUUGGGUUAGGUUCAGUGAUGACCACUUAGUGAUGUUUCCACCAGUACAACACAUCUUCAGUUGUGUACCCCGACUUAUUUUGGUGUUUCUGCCUUUUAUCACAAGACACCUUCAGUCGAGGUGGGCCCACCCCAAGCUGAUCAGACCUGGGUGUGUGUUGCAUGGUGGCUGUGUGUGGUCAUUUGGAAGCCCACACUGUCUCCUUGCGUUUCAGCCACAGCCAGUGACUGAUUCCAAUCGGCGACAGUGGCAAGAUCUGUAGCCAUCUUGGACACUCGGGUGA